AUGAGCAUGGAUAUAGAGGCAAAUGAUAAAAGCAAUUUAAUAGAAGCAAUUAAAAAUCGUAAAGCCACUAUAGUACAGACAAUAAUUGCUGAUUGCAUUCAAAACUAUGACCAAGAAUCCAUGCUCAUUGUUGUUGAGGCUCUUCCGCUGCUUGCCGUUCAGUAUCCAAAUAUAUUAUCGUAUUUUUUGAAAAAAUGCGAAUACAUCGAGGCACCGUCGGGAUUGACGGAUUGUUUAGAUACAAGCAUCAUCAUCAAGCGUCAGUCACUACUGGAUAGUACAAAAAUAAAAACUUAUGAUUUAAAAAGCAAUAAAACCUCAUAUUUAACCAAGAAAUAUUAUAUACCGCUGCCCGGCCUAUUUACAAGAAAACAUGGCUUUAGUCCCUUUGACAGACUAGCUUAUCUUCGUUCCGUUGAGGCUUUUCAAUCUCCGGUCUUCGAGGCUAUUGUUAUGCAAAAGCUGAGAAUUUACUCCAGAUUAUAUUUUGCGAUACUUGUUUACUAUAUUAUCCAUUUUAGUCUUUUUGUGGCGGUAAUUAGUAACACAAAAAACACCGAUACUAGAAACAAGAACUUAAUGAUUUCAAGCUUGUUCUUUGGGUCAAUUGCGAUGUUCUCUAUUGGGAUCAGGGCAAUCGUUAAGUGGAUUAUAUUUUUAAGAUAUUCAAAAGAUGAAAUCCCAUUACAUAUUUAUUUCGUCAAAACAUCGGGUACAUUUGUUGGAUUAGCAGCAUCACUUCUUCCCAUCAUUAUUGUAUCCUUGGAGUAUCACAAUAAUACUGUAAUUCCAGAAUUUAAAUCUCUCUCUAUCUUAUUUAUGUGGACCUUUAUCCAUUUUCAACUUCGUCUUUUUAAGGGUGUCGGUGUUUUCGUCUCAGUUAUCGAAGCAAUCCUCAGGAAGAUUAAAUGGCUACUUUUAUUUUUAAUCUUCGUGCUAUUUGCCUUUGCCCAUUCGUUUAUGGUUCUCUUAUCGGAAACCCCGCCUAAUAACGGAAAAAAUACAUUUACUAGCUUUGAACGAUCCCUCAUAAAUGUCUGGUCAAUGCUUCUGAGUGACUACAGUUCACUAAGUCCAUGGAUAAACAAUCGUCUGCUGGAUAUUCUCAAGGUUUCCUUCUCAUUCAGCACAACAAUAGUAAUCUUGAAUAUUUUGAUUGCGCUCAUGAAUAAUGCCUAUGAAGAAACAUAUAAGAAUGCACACACCAUGUGGAUCACACUACUGGCAGAUUUCAUCGUAGACUUAGAAUAUUCAUUUGACCCGUCGAGAUUCUAUUGUUUUGAAGAUUUACAGCCCAAAGAGCCUUCAUAUAUUAUUUACACGGUUAAAUCCAAUGAGGUUGCCGAGGGACCCGUAAGCAAAAUAGAAAAUAUAACUAAACUGAAAGACGAAAAAGCUAAGGAAUUCAGGCAAACUCCCUUUGCUGAACCGCAGAAAUUCCCCAUGGAUGAGAUUAUCGUUGAUCGAAAUUAA